GCUUUUAGCCACCACUUACCUAUUACGCAUGCGCAAUAAUAAAUGAGCAUUUCCUGUCUGAAGACACGACUUGCUGCAAACCAGCUGGAUUUAUGAACUAAUGUAAUGACUUGGAAAGUACGCAAAGAAUUACAUUAAGCGGGUACAGUCAGCGAGAGAGAGAGAAGAGAUGGCCAGUGCAAGAGUGCCACUGGACGAACAGCAGGUGACGGAGUCAGCGGGGCCCACGGGAAAGCACCGCACCCUGCCAGCACUGCAUCCGGACCGGAAAGAGGAGCGCUGUUUCGUGCUGUACAAGCCCCCUCCUCAGGACGGCUCACCUGCCCAGGAGGAAGAGUUUCUGGAACAUGCCAAGUUCAUCACAGAGGACCUGGAGUGGUUGCUGGAACUGCCACACGACAAGUUCUGGUGUCAGGUGGUGUUCGACGAGUCGCUGCAGAAGUGCCUGGACUCGUACCUGCGGCACGCGCCCCGCGGCCUCGACGCCUCGGCGGCGCCCUCCACCCCGGCCGUGGCGGACAUGCAGCGCCACAUUCACAGGCACGUCUUCAUGGCCUUCCUCAGGAUGGCCACGCACAAGGAGUCCAAGGAGGACUUCAUAACUCCGGCUGUGUUCGGGGAGAUCAUCUACAACAACUUCCUGUUUGACAUUCCCAAGAUCCUGGACCUCUGUGUUUUGUUUGGGAAAGGCAACUCCCAGUUGCUCCACAAGAUGAUCGAGAACAUCUUUACCCAGCAGCCCUGUUACUAUGGAGACCUGGACGAGGCUGUGCCCUCCGUGUUACAGGUGUUUGACACGGUUCUCAAUAAGUGUGGGAUCCAGUGUGAGGGGGAGGAGCCUCUGAGGCUCAGCGCCCACGGACGGCCCACCGCCAUGACCAUGACUCAGCAGGAUCUGGUGGAUCUGCUGCUGUACCUGUGUGACACCUGCACCACCAUCCACGCCUUCCUGGACGUCUACCCCCCCGCCUGCUCCACCUUCCACACCCACAGCUUCCUCUCCAGGCUGGCCUCGUUCUAUGAGACUGUCGUGCCUGAGAUGGAGAAGGCCGUGAGGAAGAGGAACUUUGACAACAAGAGUGUUCAGGAGGAUCUGUGGAGGAGGCUGUGUCACUCUCGCAGGAGGAUGGUGCAGGUGGCUCACUCGCUGCUACAACACAGCUGCCUGCAGCCCAUCCUGGAGGGUGGAGAGAACAUUCAGACGUUUGUGGAGGAACUCUUACAGCACCUCACAGCUUUCCUACCAGAGAAACGGUUCCUGUGUGACUAUGAUGAGCAGUUCCCCGUCGCUGAUGACAUCAGCCUUCUCCAGCAGGCCUCUCCGCUACUCGACGACACCCGGACCUCCUACCUGCUGCAGGGCGUGGGGAUCGCCUGGGACAGCGUGGGCCGGAAGAGGCCCCAGACCCGGGCCUCCCCUGGGCUGGGGGCCGUCCAGGGGGCGGAGGGGGAAGCAGGGGCCUGGGGAGGAGAGGGGGCCCUGGGGGCCCGGGAGCCCGGGGAGGGAGGGGAGAGGCCCAGGGGCGCGGAGGCCAUGAUGGAUAUGCACCUGAAGGGAAACAACGGGGCGUCGGGCACCAUCAGUGCGGGGGAGCUGGAGUCCCUGCUGAGCCACAUCAGUGAGCUGCUCCCAGACCUGGGGGAGGGCUUCCUGCUGGCCUGCCUGCAGCAGUACGGCUACAGCUCUGAGCUGGUCAUCAACAACAUCCUGGAGGAGCGGCUGGCCCCAGACCUCGUCAAGCUGGACAGGGCCAUGCCCAGGCCGGUGAAGGAGGAGCCGGCUCCAGUACUGACCAGCAGGUCCAACGUGUUCGACGACGACGAGUUCGACGUCUUCAGCAGGGAGCAGGUGGACAUGUCUCGCAUCUGGAAGGGCAGGAGGAAAGGAGAGAGUGCUCGCGACAUGCUGAACGACAAGAAGCACAUCGCCGAGCAGAAGGCCCGCUACCUCGCCUACGAGACGGUGGUGGACGAGGUCAUCGUCACCCCCGGCGACCCCGCCUUCGCCCUGGACGACUACGACGACGAGUACGACGACACCUACGACAUCAACCAAGUGGGCGCCAACGACCUGGACGGAGACAGCAACCUGCUCAACCGCAGGCCCUUCACCGUGCCUCAGGUGCUGCGUACGGGCGGCCGGCCAGCCCUGGAGGAGGAGGAAGAGGAGGAGGAAGAGGAGCCAGAGGAGAGCGGCGGGGUGAAGAGAGACCAGUUUGUCCAGGACCCGGCUCUGCUGAGGGAGAGGGCGGAGGCCCGCAGAGCAACCAUGCAGCAGAGGAGAGGGUACAGACCAGACCCUCCUCCCAGCCAGGUGGGGGGCCGGCCCAAGGGCCAGGGCCAGACCCAGGACACCCUCCUGGACCGACGCAAGAAGGAGGCUAACAAGAGCCGCGGGGCCAACCACAACCGCAGGGCCAUGUCUGACCGCAAGAGAACCAAGGGCAUGAUCCCCUUCUGACACUGUGGAACCGACAAACUCACCUUGGAGACCUGCCAAGCAGACUGUGUGCACAAGAUAUGGAAACGAUGGUCGCGAUGGGUCAGAAUGAGAGGAAGAGGGGGAGGACGGACGGAGAGAUUGAGCCAAGGAUCAUGGCUCGGCCAUCGCAGAGGGUAGAGGUCAAAGGUUGUGACCCCGGUUUAGCUAACCUCUCAAGGUCAGGGGUCUCCUGCAAUCCUCCUUCCCACUACCAAGGUCAUGUUCAAAGGCCUUUUUUUAGGGUUCUGUGGUGAAGAAAUACUAGUUAAUCCUUUAGGGUUUUUUUUACUCACAAAUGGGUCAGUUCAACGCUAACAGAACAGAGAGCAGUUUUUUUGUGGAGUGUUACUCAGAGAACACGUCUUUUUAGCUUUUGAUUUAGAAAAUACUCAGUAUGCCAAAGUGGUAGUGAAAAAGACAACAAACAGCUUUAUUUUUUUGCCAUGAAACAAAUCCAUUUAUUAAGACCUGGAAUCAAUGCGCAGAAGUGGCCUGUGUGUGCGCGUGUGUGUGUGUGUGUGUGUGUGUGUGUGUGGAGGAACAUUCAUGGGGAGGAGCUUAUCACCAUCCUGGUCCAACCUCAACGACAUAAAAAUCAGCCAAGACAGACGGCGUCUUCACCAGCUCGAUGUUGCUGUGUGUUUGGAAGCGUGCGCCUCAAGGAGACAAGCAGAAGCUUUCUAGAACGUUCUACAGCUGCCAUGCACCAAUCAACUACUUUCUAAAUAGGAAACAGAAUACACUGUGCGAGAACCUUUUUUUUUUUUUUUUACAAAGAAAAACACAUUUAUGAUUGCUUUUUUUAAGUUAUCUUUAAAAAAAGAGCUGAAAAACACAAUAAACGAAUAAAUACAGUUAUACAGUU